ACAUUGACAGUUCCAGUUCUCAAUUUGUAGCUGUCGCCUGUCGCUGAAUUCCACUUGCUACUAUUUAUUUAUUAUUAAAACCAUUGAAUAAUAUCUGAAAAUGGUUCAAGCGUGGUAUAUGGACGAAGAAAAAACCGACCAGCGUUUGGAGCACCAUAAGAAUCCGCCAGAGUACGUUUCUCUCGAGGAUUUGUUCAAGAAAACCGGCGUCGAAUAUUUUAAAUUGAACGUAGACACAUACACAACUGAUGGAGUACUGGACAAGCUGAAGCAGGAGCGAGGGUAUACGUAUGAGGAUGAGAUGACGUGCUCCAAGGAGUGCUUGCCCAACUACGAAGAGAAGAUCAAGUCCUUCUUCACAGAGCAUCUGCACACGGAUGAGGAGAUUAGAUUUGUGCUGGCCGGUUCGGGGUACUUCGACGUGCGCGACGCUCAGGACCAGUGGAUACGCAUCGCGGUCAGCGCCGGAGACAUGAUCGUUAUCCCCAGUGGCAUCUACCAUCGGUUCACGCUUGAUUCUAAUAACUUCAUAAAGGCAAAGCGGUUCUUCAUUGGGGAGCCAGUGUGGCUGCCGUACAACCGGCCGGCAGAUGACAUGGACGCUCGCAAACAAUAUGUGGAGAAACUGGAGAAAGGGUUCACUGUCACUGCUUGUUAAACACCACACAGAAUAGCAAAAGGAGUGGCCAGUUUACUCAACAAAACAAAUAAUUGACAGAAAAACAAAAUAUAAAUGAAGUUGUCUUUGGA